AUGGACGAGCAGGAGCAUGACAUUAUUGUUCAUUUUAACAACUCUAUUUUCACCAUUAAUAGGGUCGACCCUGAUAGUUAUUGUUGUAUGGAUAUGGUAACAGAUGUUGCAGAAGUUACCAAUGUUUUUAUGGGUGAUAGUUUAUCGAAGAUAGUUGAGGGUGAUGAUGCCCCUAAUGUUAGUUAUGAGUACAAUGAUGAUACCAUCAACACACAGUUAGAUGAAAACAGUGACGAUGGGUUUUUGGAUUAUCAAUCAGGGGAUGAAGGAUAUGUUAGUAGUACAGAUUUUGAGGAAAUUGAAGCUGAAGUGGAUGAAACACGUAGAAGGGGUAGGAAAAGAAAGUGCAAUGUCGGUGAUACUUCAAGAUUUGAAGUGGAGUUUAAUGUUCCUGAAGAUUGA